AUGGACUCGCCACCAAAGAAAGACAAUCAAAGACGGAAAGAGAGAGAAAAGAAAGGCAGAGAGAGGCAAAAAAUCACGCUCGUGCGAGUAUGCUACGCAGCCACGGCGCGGUGCGCUCACGCGUCCCCGCCUCCGCCUCCUCCUCCGCCGCUCCCAGAUUCCCCGUUCGCCCGGCCCCCGCCUCCGCCACCGCUACCUCCAGCGCCCGGUGGGCCCCCACCGCGCGUAAGCCCAGCCGCCGCAAAGCCCCUCGCCGCGAACCCGCCGCGCCCACCACGCCCGCCGCCACCGCGACCCCCGCGGAAGGGGUGGUGCGGCUCGCGGUCCUUGUCUGCGAUCUUGACCUCCGGGGCGGCGCCGUUGAGGUUCUGCGCGGAGAGAGAGGGGGGAUGGUUAGCGCGCGCGGGGAGGAGGUGGG